UCUGGCUUAUUCAUUCAAUGAAUGUUAAUUAUGGAAGUAUUUCUGUUUAAUCUUGUUAAAUAAUUUUAAAUAUAUAUACUUUUUCUUUUCCAUCUGUUGUACGCUAUUGGAGUAAGGGAUUAUGUGAUAAAGUUUUAGUUGCUUGUGUUGAUGAGGUGAUGCUCAUGGAGCAUCAUCUAUUAUCAGAUAUGUUGGAAUACUAUUUGACAUUUGAUAAAAUUUGAAAUUUUAGUCUUUCUGUAGUCUUUAGGUCAAUCUAAUCUUUGUAUUAUAUGAAAAAGGAAAUGGAGGAUAUGUUCUUUGUAAUAAGUGACAUCUUGUCCAUGAGAAUGCAUGUAUUAUUGUGUGAAUGUGUACAUAUAAUGAAUUCGUAAAAGCUAAUAGUAUUUUUUGAAAAAGGAUAUAUUGAUUUAUAUAAUGAAGAGGCACAUUUACAAGUGGACUAUUCAUUAAGCUUUAUUAUCUUGAGAUGGCAAUAAUAAAGAUAUGUUUAAGAAUUCCGGGGAAGUACAGGGGAUGUUCUUUGCUCUGAAUAGCCAUGAGUUUAACCAGGAUAUGCUCCCUAGAGAGGGGUAGCGUGGAUGUUCUCCCCUGUUGAUGGAUGGAAGGAUAAGCUCGCUAUUGAGAGAUGUGAGGAUAUUGCUGGACGUAAAGAUGCUGUCUUCAUAGGAAGAUGCAAAGAUAACUGCUUCCAGUGGAGGAUGUGAGGGUAUGUGCUCUUGGAUAGUAAGGUGAAAUUACAUUUUAAAGUUUUUUAUUCUAGCAAGGUGCAAGAAAUAACUUCUGGAGCUCUGUUUUACUACUAGUUGAAUUAAUGAUUUUUUUUUUAUUUAUUAAUUGGUGUAUCAAUUUAUUUGAUUAGUGUGAGAUACAACUUAUGGAUAAUAUGAAGAAAGGAUGCAUUUACAGUAGCUUACAGAAAAAUAAAAAUAAAAAGAUUUAUAAAUUAUGAUGUUAGAAUAAGAGGAGGCUUGUUUUAUUUUUAUUUUUUACCCAUAUUGUCAUCUGUUGCUCCAUUUACAAGUAGCUGUAUUCAUUCUCUAUCUCUCUCCCCUUUCUGGUGCUGAUUUCCUUUUAAUGUGCAGGCUAUGUAUGUCCACAGUUUCAUAGUUGUCUCUUCAACAUAAAUGGCACCUAUUCAUACAGAAAUGACUAUUCAUAAAACGAACACAACUAUUCAUCAACAGACGAUACUUUUCUCAGUUUGUCUUUCCCUCAUUUUCUUCCUCCAAUUCCAAAUUCCCAACUUAACAUGCAAGCUAUUAUAACACUUGAUGUGAGGGUAGAACGUGCAUUGUUGAUGUAGUUAUUUAGCAGUGGCAGGAUUUCAAUUAGUUGUAGUUUCUGGUGGUUCUGUAACAAGAUUCAGUAAGUCUAAAUAGUGAAAUUUGAGGAGAAGUCCACCCAGGGAGGAGUUGGGUGUGACAGUAUCUGUUCUUAUAUACACAUACUUCUGCAUUUUGAUGGUUCAAAUUUAAGGAUAGCUGCCCAUUAAUAUAUUGGUCUAGUAUUUAAGUAGUUAAAGCUGAAGUGCCCUAAAAAGGUCAUAGAGUUCCUACUAAUGUUGGGGCAUUAUUCUAGUUAUUUCUGAUUGUUUAUUGAUUCGUUUGCUUACUUGCCUUGUGGUAACAUACUUUAAUAACAUGCAGUAAAAUACAACAAAUGAUUUCUGCCAUGUUGUGCUAACAAUAAAAGAAAGUUGACUUUGUCUCUUUAAUGUUUUGGAUCCUCUUAGGUGUUUGAUUUACUUUUAAUUCCAAAUGCACCCUCACUAGUGGCUUUAAGACAACAAUUUGAUAUUAUUGAUACAAUAGUACAAAACAUUACCAAUAAAUUUUAAUGAGAUUACCGCAUUUUUCUUUUCAAUUAAUUUUUGCCACUCUUAAUUGAUUUUCUUGCACUUCUUAUUAAUGAGUUGGAUAGUUUUGCGACUUUUGUCAAUAUAUGGAUAUUUAACCAAUUUUGGAUACUUUCAAGUGUCUGAUUUACUUUCAAUUCCAAAUGCAUGCUCACUAGUUGCUGUAAGGCAACCUUUCGACCUCAUUGUGCACUUUUUACAAGUGGUACUUGUAAAAUCAAUGAGAGUGCCACAUUUCCUCUUCAGUUAAUGUAUUACACUUUUUAGGUUUUUUUGCACUUUAUUAUUAAUCAAUAAAAAAGGUUCAAUGAAUUUGUUCAUACAUUUCAAUCUAAAUUUGUUCGAAAGAAUCAUAAAGAAACAAGAGAAAAAGGGAGACUGUAAAGUGAGAGGUUUUGAUCAGUAAGAAAUAUUUUAGUCUCUGAAAGAGAAGUUCAGUUCUUUUUUUUCUAAAGCAUAAAGAGAUGGAGGACAUAGAAGCAGAAUCUAUUAAGAAGGAAGAACAUGAAGCUGUAGCAUCCAUCUUCCAGAAAGCCAAUCGUCCUGUUACUUUGAAGUUUGAGGAUGUGGUAUACAAGGUUGUGUCCUCUAAACAAAAGUUAUGUCAAAAGGGGUUGAAACAAGAAGAAAGAGUGAUCUUAAAGGGGAUCACAGGCAUGGUUCUACCAGGUGAAAUGCUUGCCAUGUUGGGCCCAUCAGGUAGUGGCAAAACUACAUUAUUGACAGCUUUAGGAGGCAAACUUGGUGGAAAACUUGAAGGAACUAUAACGUACAACGGCAAGCCCUUCUCUAAUGCUAUUAAACGUAGUAUUGGUUUUGUUACUCAAGAUGAUGCUCUUUACCCCAACUUGACGGUGACUGAAACAUUAGUAUUCACUGCCCUCCUUAGGUUGCCUAAUAGUUUAACCAAAGAAGAGAAAGUCAUGCAUGCAGAGGCUGUUAUCACUCAACUUGGUUUAGUUAAGUGCAAGAAUAACAUAAUUGGAGGUCCAUUCUUGAGAGGGGUUUCAGGGGGUGAGCGGAAGAGGGUUAGUAUAGGUCAAGAACUACUUAUAAACCCUAGCUUGCUUUUCUUGGAUGAACCAACUUCAGGUCUUGAUUCCACUACAGCUCAAAGGAUUGUGUCUGCAGUUUGGGACCACGCGAAAGGAGGAAGAGUGAUUGUGAUGACUAUACAUCAGCCUUCAAGUAAGCUGUUUUACAUGUUUGAUAAGGUUUUAUUGCUAUCCGAAGGAAACCCUUUGUACUUUGGGAGAGGAUCAGAAGUUAUGGAUUACUUUUCUACCAUUGGCUAUACUCCUUCAGUUGCAAUGAAUCCUUCAGAGUUUCUUUUGGAUCUGGCAAAUGGUUUAGCAUCAUAUAGUGAUUCUCACAACAACCAAGCCAAGGUCAAGAAGAUUCUACUUUGUGCCUAUAAGAGCAAUCUGGCCGACAAAUUGAAGGCAGAGGUUGAAGCAAUUGAGGAUCAUCGUCUUCAAGAUGGAAUGAAUGAGAAGCAGUCUUCACAAUGGCCUACAACUUGGUGGCAACAGUUCACAAUCUUGCUUAGAAGAGGAAUAAAAGAAAGGAGGCAUGAGUCCUUUUCUGGACUAAGGAUUUGCCAAGUCUUAAUGGUAGCCCUCCUUGUAGGUUUAAUAUGGUGGCAAACUGAUAUUUCUCACUUGCAAGAUCAGAUUGGUCUCCUCUUCUUUAUCUCUGGAUUCUGGGCUUUUGUUCCUCUAAAUCAAGCAACAUUCACCUUCCCCAAAGAACGGAAGAUGCUCACAAAAGAACUAUCUUCAGGCACAUAUAGGCCAUCAUCGUAUUUCAUGUCAAGAAUGAUUAGUGAUCUUCCAAUGGAGCUUGCCCUUCCAACAGUAUUUGUUACCAUAACAUACUGGAUGGGAGGGCUUAAACCCGCACCAAAAAAUUUUUUGCCCUCCCUAUUUGUUAUUUUAUUCAAUGUUCUAGUAUCACAAGGCAUGGGUCUUGCUCUUGGUGCGACGAUAAUGGAUCAAAAAUCUGCUGCCGUACUCGGACAGGUGAUAAUGCUAUCCUUCCAACUAUCUGCAGGAUUCUUCAUUCAACAUGUCCCUUCCUUCAUUGGAUGGAUUAAAUACUUCUCCAUUUGCUUCAACGCAUUAAAGCUGUUGUUGGGAUCUCAGUACAAGCCUAGUGACACAUACCCUUGCGGUGAAGGUGUUUGUUCAGUUGGUGAUUUUCAUAUGAUAAAGACAGCGGGUCUUGAUGGGCAAGUUCAAUCUGCUAUUACUUUAGCUGUUCUGCUUGUGGGUUUUAGGCUUCUUGCUUAUCUUGCAAUUAUUAGGAUUGGAAGGAUUAGAAAAUAGAAAUUUAUUAACCAUAAUAAAGGGCAUCCUCUCUUGAAUCGUUCUGAGUUACGUCUCACGUAUUAGUUUCAUGUGUACCAAGGAAGUGAAUACUUCCUUGCUUGUUUGUAUGAGAAAAAGUUUGGAUAUACAUUAAUAGUGUUUAAAUUUCUACGUUUUAUAAUUUGCAUCUGUCAAAAUUUAAAUUCA